AUGUCGGGAAAGAUGAGCAGCAAGGACUUGGGCCAGUCCAACCAGUAUGUGGGGCCUUACCGGCUGGAGAAGACCCUCGGGAAGGGACAGACUGGCCUGGUGAAGUUAGGGGUCCACUGUAUAACCGGACAGAAAGUGGCCAUAAAGAUUGUCAACAGAGAAAAACUGUCAGAAUCAGUUCUCAUGAAGGUGGAGAGAGAAAUAGCAAUUCUGAAACUAAUUGAGCAUCCUCAUGUUCUGAAGCUGCAUGAUGUCUAUGAAAAUAACAAGUAUCUGUACCUGGUGUUGGAGCAUGUGUCUGGUGGAGAGCUAUUUGACUACCUGGUGAAAAAGGGCAGGUUGACCCCCAAAGAGGCCAGGAAGUUCUUUAGACAGAUCAUCUCCGCUCUGGAUUUCUGCCACAGUUAUUCCAUAUGCCACAGAGACUUGAAACCUGAGAAUCUUCUCCUGGAUGAGAAGAAUAACAUAAGGAUAGCUGAUUUUGGCAUGGCCUCACUACAGGUUGGGGACAGUCUACUAGAAACUAGUUGUGGAUCUCCGCAUUAUGCUUGCCCUGAAGUAAUAAGGGGGGAGAAGUAUGAUGGUCGUAGGGCAGAUGUGUGGAGUUGUGGAGUCAUCCUUUUUGCACUUCUUGUAGGUGCCUUGCCGUUUGACCAUGACAAUCUACGGCAGCUUCUUGAAAAGGUGAAAAGUGGAGUAUUUCAUAUGCCCCACUUCAUACCACCUGAUUGUCAAGCAUUGCUCAAAGGGAUGAUAGAAGUCAACCCUGACAAAAGACUCACGCUAGAAGCAAUACAGACCCAUGCCUGGUACCAGAGUGGUCGCAAUGAACCGUGCCCUGAGCAGCCCCCUCCCCGUCGUGUGUGUGUAACAAGGGUGCUAUCAUUGACUGACCUGGACCCUGAUGUCUUGGAAAGCAUGUACUCUUUAGGGUGCUUCCGGGAUCGGGUCAAACUCACACGGGACCUUACAAGUCAGGAAGAAAACCAGGAAAAAAUGAUUUACUACCUCCUGUUGGACAGAAAGGAGCGGUAUCCCAGCUAUGAGGAUGAAGAUUUGCCACCAAGAAAUGAUGCUGACCCACCCAGGAAGCGUGUGGACUCACCCAUGUUGACUCGUCAUGGCCGCUGUAGACCAGAGAGGAAGAGUCUGGAAGUUCUCAGUGUCACUGAACAAGGCUCUCCCACUCCACCUCGCAGGAACCUAGACACUAAUUCACAUAGUCAAAGGUCUCGUUCAGUAAGUGGAGCGUCCACAGGUCUGUCUUCUAGUCCUCUCAGCAGUCCCAGGGUCACACCACAAGGCUCACCACUCCCCACCCCGCUGGGCACACCUGUGCACCAAAUCCAACACCCUUCCUCCACUACCCCUCCUUCCUCUUCCUCUUCAUCUUCUUCUCCCAGAGCGGACGGGUCUGGAGGGGCUUCUCUGUCACUGACACCGCCCUCCAGCCCAGGUAGCAGUGGCGGCUUGGCCUCCUCUAGCUCUGCCCACUGGAGAACAAGGCUCAACUCUUUCAAAAACAACCUGUUGGGCUCACCGCGCUUCCACCGGCGCAAACUCCAAGUCCCAACAUCAGAAGACAUGUCCAGUUUGACUCCAGAGUCCAGUCCAGAACUGGCGAAGAGAUCCUGGUUUGGAAAUUUCAUCAGUCUGGAGAAAGAGGAGCAGAUCUUUGUUUUGAUUAGAGACAAACCCCUCAGUUCUAUUAAGGCCGACAUUGUCCAUGCAUUUCUCUCUAUACCGUCCCUAUGUCACAGUGUAGUAUCUCAGAACAGUUUCCGGGCUGAGUACAAAUCCUCUGGUGGCCCCUCUGUCUUCCAGAAACCUGUCAAGUUCCAAGUCGACAUUGGGUUCUCUGAGGGAGACAGGGAGUUGGAAAGAGAGCGAGCAGAGAGGGAAGGCAGAAGAGCGGUGGGCAUAUACAGCGUCACCUUCACCCUAUUAACAGGUCCUAGUCGCAGAUUCAAGAGGGUGGUAGAAACCAUUCAAGCUCAGCUCCUUAGUACGCAUGAUCAGCCCUCUGUGCAGGCACUGGCUGAUGAGAAGAAUGGCAAACCGUCCCGCCAGCCUAGCACACCAUCACGUCAGAAUUCCAAGCAUUCUGAAAGCGGAUCUGAUCGGUGCGAGAAGGAGUGUGCAGUGGAGUCGGCGAGUGGAGGUGGCAGCAACGGUGGCAGCAACGGUGGCAACAUCUUACAAAGGCAAGGGUCAGGAAAAGAUAAGACCAGACUUCUUUCCACAUCCAAUGGGACGCAGUCACACCCGUGA